AUGGAUGCAUCAAAAGAACCAAAGAGUAUUGUGAAGCCUCCAAUGUCAUUUGGGAAGAAAAAAUGGACCAAGAUUGACAAAAAAGUGGCGUUCACGUUUUUCUUUUUGCAUUUUCUUUGCAUUUUUGCACCAUUUCAAAUUAAUUGGAGUGCAAUUUCGAUUUCUUUUACGUUAUAUAUUAUCAUAGGUCUCUUUGGCAUCACUAUUUCGUAUCAUCGGAAUCUUUCACACAAAAGUUUCAAAAUUCCCAAAUGGUUGGAAUACUUGUUUGCUUACUGUGGAGUUCAUGCAUUUCAGGGUGAUCCAAUCAAUUGGGUGAGCACGCAUAGAUAUCAUCAUCAAUUUGUUGAUACGGAAAAAGAUCCACACAGUCCGAUAAAAGGAUUUUGGUCUAGCCAUAUUAUUUGGCUUCUUUACAAGGGGGAUGGAAGCUUAAGUGAAAUGCUUGGAAGGCAUCGAAAAUGGGAUAAUGCUUGUGAUUUGGAGAACCAAACUUUCUAUAGGUUUAUUCACAAAACAUAUUUUCUUCAUCCAAUUGCUCUUGCACUCAUACUCUAUGGUAUUGGAGGCUUUCCUUACUUCAUUUGGGGAAUGUGUGUGAGAAGCGUAAUAUUUUUACACGGAACAUUCAUGGUGAAUUCAGUAUGUCAUAUAUGGGGAAAGCAACAAUGGAAAACAAAUGAUUUAUCGAGAAACAACUGGUGGAUAAGUCUUCUUGUAUUUGGAGAAGGUUGGCACAAUAACCACCAUGCUUUCGAGUACUCAGCUAGGUUGGGCAUUGAAUGGUGGCAAUAUGACCCUGGUUGGUAUGUCAUUAGGUUUCUUGAAGCCAUUGGAGUGGCCACUCAUGUCAAAUUACCAUCCCAAAGGCAUAUGCAAAAGUUGGCCGAAGAUUAA